CAAAUGCACUCAAAACAAUAGUCAAAGUCAGAGGACCUAGAUUAAAGCGGCUCACCUACAAAAUUGUAUUUUUAUCUUAUCUAAAAUAUAGACCUGCUUUUGGUAGAUUCCACUUUAAAAAACUACUGGGCUCUUCAUCAAUAAAGAAUCGCAGAAUACUCUGAUCAAAAUGGCUGUGGAAAAUGAUUCUGGAGUCUCUUAUCUGUGUCUUAAGAUAGCCAGAACUUUCCUCUAUCCCAGCUUUCUUGCAUUUAAUUUGCUCAUGAGCCUUUAUAUUACAACAUUUGAGGAAGAAAAGUACCCAAAUACAAUUUUUAUUAAAAAAGUUCUACUCACCCCAGUGUACGGGGCACUUUUUAUUCUAUUUCUUCCUCUUCUCAUAAUUUUUCUCCCUGUACGAUGUGGUAUAUUAUACUUCCGUAAAAAUCAUUUCAUGGUAUCUGUCAAGCAUACAACACUCACAGAGUCUCAACGCCUAUUCCAGAACGAUCUCAUUAGAAGUGGGAAGUAUAAAUUUGGCAUAGCAACAGCUAAUUUGUGUCUUAUGCCUGAACUGGCCUCUAAAAUGAAUCAUCUGAUAAAUGUUAACUACAGAGCAAGAAAAAUUGGGGAAAAAAUACUUGCAAACCAGUUCUUCAAUGAUGAAUGGAACAGCAAAGAGAUGGAAUGGAAGAUAUCAAAAAAUAAAUCUCAAACUUUCACAACUUCUAACUCUGGAGACCAUGAUAGAGGGAUAGAGCUUGAGGGAAAUGUUUGCACCAACUUUCCACGUGUUGAUAUAAUGGCCAUUCAAGAAGCUUGGUCCAGUUAUCACAAUAAAACUCUAAUGAAAGAACUGCACAAAGUAUUUCCGUACAUUGUACAUGAUGCUGGUGUUCAUUCCUACAGCAAUAAUGCAUUUUUUCUAAAUAGUGGCCUUUUGAUAGCAAGCAAGCAUCCCAUCCUUGCUAUUGAUUUUAAGCCAUUUUCACAUUUUGUCAAGCAUGGAAGAGUACUCUCCAAUGGCCUUCUAAUGGUCAAGGUAGCAUUAGGAGACCAAAAGAAUAGUGGCAGCUAUGUGGGUUAUGUUUUCAACACUCACCUACAAUCUUAUCAAGGUAAAGAUCAAAUAAUUCCCAAACAGUUGGAUGAGAUCAGAGCCUGGAUCAGCCAGUUUACUGAGAGAAAUAGGAGAGAUGGAGACAACAUCCUAUUCAGUAUUAUUUGUGGGGAUUUUAACUUUGACACUUUUUCACCAGCUGAUAAAGAAAGCACACAACAUCCAAUAUUUUCAGAGUUUGUUGAUUUUUGUAGAGUUAGAGCUGGUCUUGAUAAGCCAUGGACUGUUGGUACUGAAAUGAGGCCAGAGUUUAUGUUGGACAGUCCUGUAACAACACAAGAAGGUCUGAAAAAAGUUUUAGAAGAUCCUGUUCUGCGUCAGUGCCAUAUAGUGGAUGCUGACAUUAUUGAACACAGUAAAGAGGUGAUUGUCAGCGGCUCAGUCAAGAAGGAUGAACAUGGGAAUGUAAAGCUGUUUCCAGAAGGUGGAAGGCGGAGAAUUGACUACAUACUGUAUAACAAAUCAUACCCACUGAAGGUUGAGAGCUACAGUUUUGUUACAAAGCUUGCUGGCCUCACCGAUCACAUUCCAGUUGCUAUGGAGUUCAUGUGUGAAGGAUUGAAGUAAACUAUCUACUCUUUAGUUUUUAUUUGUUUAAAACAGAAAAAUGGCAAAUUCUUAUGUGGUAUAGUUAGUUUUAAAAAGUAACUCAUGGUUACAUUUUUAUAGGUGUUUUUUUUUCAUCAGUUGUUAAUUAGAAAAACUUAAUUGAUAUACCCUUGUUAUAAUGUUAUGCCAACUUUACAAAAUUAUUGUCAUUGACUUAUGUCUCAUCAUUUAAAAGUGAUUUAGUAGUUAAUUGUAAUAGCUUGUAAAUUAUUAUACUACAGCUAAUGUUUUUUAUGUACAUUCUGUUAUGACACAACAAUCAUGUUAAUGUUAAUGCAACAAUUAUAUACAAAUAUAAAUAUUUUUAUAUAUCUGCUAUACAUCCCGCCAUGAAUUCAAACUAAUUUACAGUUGAAAUAUGCCAAGUUGUGUUACUAAAAUAAGCAAUAUGUACUGCCAUUAGAAUUUUCUUUUUACUAUUAAGUGUUGCUUUUUCAAGACCAUUGAACUUUCAACAUAAUUUAUUGCAGCUUUUGUUAGUAAUAUGUUGUUUUUCUUCUUUCUUUAUACUAAGAUACAUUACUGUUUAUUUAUCACUUAAUUUUUUUUUUAGUGUUUCUGUAAUAAAAAGGCACUUCAAUGCAUCAGACAUUUUUUUAUUUUAAGUUAUAUAAAAUAAUGUCACAUUAGAUUACAGCAAAAAGCUAUCCCCAGUAUUUGUUUGUUGGACCAAAUUUCAUUUUAUAAAAUAAUGUAUCAUUACCAAUUGUGAACUCACAAUUCUGUUUCCUUUUUAGAUAUUUCUAAUAUUUAUAUUGUAAAAUACAGCUAACAGUAUUAGAAGAGAUUAUCUGCCUUACUUGUAGAAACUCAUCCAAUACUUAUGUGAACAUUUCUUAAAGUAUGAUACAUUUUUUAUUUACCCCAGAUCUCAUUACAAACUAUUAUUCACAAUAAUAUAUAAAUCUUUAGAUUGUUGUUAAAGCAUUGUUUUUCUGCAAUCCAUUUCAUGUGAUAAUAAUUAAAUUAUCUGUUUUAUGAUAUAUAAAAAAACAGUAAAUGUUUGCCAUCUAUAUACAAUUUUAAUAUUUUGCUUUAAACAGUUAUAGUAAUUAAUUUUUUCAUCCAUCACCAUUAAAAAAAUACUAGUUUGUAAAAUAAUAAGACAAUAUAAUCACAAUUAUGGCUGCAUUGUUUGUGGACGGCUUUGGAGAUUUUAUUAAAACUGUAUUUUUUGUCCCUGUAAUCUGUUUUCAAUUUUUAUGACAUGGUGCAUUGCUGGAUUUCCUCAUGACUAUUCAUUGUGCUGAUAGCACUUUGAUCCACUGUUGAUAUGUUUACUUACUUAACCAUUUUUAAACAAAAGUAUACAUUGACUGGUAUGAAAAUUCUAGUCCUAUUUUUUUAAAUUAAAUUUGACAUCUUAAAAAACUAUCUCAAGAUUUCUAGAAAAUUAAUUGAGGUACAUCAUGUUUUAAUGAAUUAUAAA